AUGGACGAGGACAAGGCCUCCUGGAUCUUGGAGUUCGUCCUCCGCCAGCCCCUCGAAGACUGGCUCGUCAAGGAGAUCCUCUUCCGCCUCCCGACGCCGUCGUUCCGCGACCCCCACCUCAAGAAGGCCCUCUUCCUCCGGCGGCUCGCCUCUGAUCUCUCCACCGGACGCUUCUGCGAGGACACGCUGCAGUCUCUGGAGCUCCUCGAGGAGCUCGACCGCUCCCUCGGCGCAACUUCGCCAUACGAGGCCCUGAAGAGGGCCUACUGCGCCGUGGCCGCCGAGUUGACAGCGUCGCCAUUGAGGGCGGGGGGCCCGGCCGGGGCUGGUUUUAUGGAGGUGGUGGAUAGGAUAUGGAAUCGCCGGGUAGCGGACCUGGAACGGUCGGAGGCGAGGGGGCUGGUGGGAGAGGAGUUGCAGGAGUGGAAAAAGGUGGCGGAAGUGGUAGUCGUCGACAGUGUGUCGAGGGGGCGUAUUCUACAGAGGGACACUAGCCGAGAAGCGGCGGACGCGUUGGCAGAGUAUCUGAGCGUGGCCUUCAAGGGCAUGGGGCCUCCGCUGCUGGAGCUGAUGGCCAGUGUGCUAGGCGGGGAAUCUAACGCUGACGGAGGCCAGGCGGCUGAUGAGAAUGCUGGAGUAAACGCCGUCCAAGGGCCAUCUGGGAUAUCUGCUGAGCGCGUCAAGUCCGUAGAGGUCGCCGGAAAGUCUCUUCCUCAAGAAGCCGAUGAACCUAGAGAACGGAGUUCCCCCACCAAAGAUGAUACGGAAUCGGUCCUUCCUACUGCAGCAACUGACGCAGAGGCAAUUCCCCCAAUUCAACGAGGUCAGUGUUUUUUCCCUCUACUUACGCUUUUUGAUGGAUAAAUAGACCUCAUCUCUCUAAUUGGGUGCCGCCGGUGUGAGGUUGUGGCUUGCCCAUCCUUGCAUGCCGUCCCAAAUUUCAUGCCUUCUCUCCUAAUCCUCAUGCUUCCAAUUUUUUGUCUGAAUGGAUUAUUGUAAUCGUCCGACUUUAACAGAGGAAAAUACUAAGACGAGUCGGAUAGCCAGACGAUCAGACACUUCUGACAAUGGCAGGACUUCUGGGCUACAGCUGUUGCCCACCAUGGAAGUUGACAUAGUGAAGGAAGCACUGAAGUCAAGCUGUGAAGAACUCCAGAUGGUGGUGAGAGAUCCUCUUACUGAAGCUCUGCUACGGGCUGUUGAGAUUCACAUCAGAAUGGAAGAGACAUCAGCUAAUCCAAAUGCUUCAGGACGCGACAAUCUGGCAGAUUCAGAUGCGGCUGGUCCUUGCAUUGACAGCGAUGCCCAAGCGGCUGCUGCUAAGGGAAUGACUGACAAGAACCAGCGGGGGGGAGUGAGUGCAAAGGUACCACGCCCCAGUCUCAUGGAACCUAAUCCAACGGCUCGCACUUAUGAGGUGAUUACCUUUGGAUCUGAGACACUUGCCGACGAUAGUCUCUUUUAAAACAAGUGUUUGAUGAAUGAAAAAUGUAAACUCUCACGAAUGGGCUAAUUUAGUUAAGAAAGUUUGUCUUCCACCAAAAUCAGGCUUCUUCAAAGAAGUUACGUCUUGUUCCUCAGUGAAUGAGCCAUUUCUUCUAAAAUGAGUUCAUUCUGGUGGGAUGCAGUUCUAUGCUUGUGUGUGCUCAUGUUCUCUUUAUGUUUCUUGAUGGACUCUUAUGGACAUAAUAUUACAAUAGCUAUAUUCAAUUAAAAUGUGAUCGUCAGGUUUCGUUGUUGUGGACAACAAGUUUUAUGAAUCAUAUGUUUGGUGAUUUUCGUUGUUGUAAAAGGACACUUAUCUUUCGUGAAUCAUAUGCUGGUAGAUUUGGACCGUAUUUGCAGUUUCGCUUAUAUUAUCUUUGGAUUGCAAUUAAUCUGGUAAUUCUCUUUUGUCUGCCUUUAUUGCAAUCAUAACUUUCAAUUUUUACUAAUCAUAAUUGAAACUAUGGUUUAUUUGUGUUGUGCUGCAAUAUUUUUAUUGCGUUGCUUGUGCAGGAUUGCUGUCCUUGUUCAUGUUUGCUAUACCUUCUUUAAUGUUUGCUGUCACUGUAAAAAGCUCACUAUCAAGGGGUUAAGUCUCGACAUGAAAUCGUGGCUGCAUAUCAGGCUGAACUCCACUCAGAAAUACUGAGUAGCUAGUGUACACUUAUGAUUCAUCAUUCCAAGGUAUAAGCUUGUUUUAAUAUUUGGUUUCAUUUAUUCUUUUGUUUGCAGUGGGAUGAAGAUUCAGCUGAGUCGUUAUCUGAAAAAUCAGCCUAUUCCCCCAAAAGGAUUCGGUUGCCAUCACCUAGGAUUCAGAGAGUUUCUCCUCUAAAGGUGCAGAAAGGUACAAAGUUUGUGAGGAGGAGAAAAAUCAAGAGAUGGACUCCAGAGGAAGAGAAUGCUUUGAGAGAAGCUGUGCAGAAGUAUGUGAAUAUGUUUAGUCUUUUUUUUAAGAACUGCUGAAAAAUACUGUUUAUUUAGUCCAGAUACUGUUGCAAAGGUUUUACACUGCAUUAACUUUUCUUUUAAAUGCUUAGCGAGAGUUUCCUGUUUUGUCAGAAAGUUUCAUCCCGUUGACUCAUUUCUGGAUUUAUUUCUUCUUUUGGAAUGUGAAGGUAUGGCACAGGAAGGUGGAAAUUUAUUUUGCAAUGUUAUCCUGAAAUAUUUGAAGAUAGGACGGAGGUACAGUUCAAGUUAUUUUGUCUUUCCGAUAAAAGAAAUAGAUUUGAAUGUGCGUGAUUUUACUUUAAUUUUUAUUAUUCUUGACACAGGUUGAUCUAAAGGACAAGUGGAGAAACAUGAGCAGGUACCCUGCCUUCUCCUCUUUUUUUUCUCCUUUUUCAAAUAAAGUAAAUACUGCUUUAGGUCAUAUGUUGUUCAACAGAGAAAAUUUAUAUACUGUUUGUCUGAAAAACUCCAUGUAUCCAACUUUGUUUUUGCAUUAUGCUUGGAAAUAAAAAAAAUUCUGAUAACAUCUAAAUCAUUAUAUGGUGGAAACAUUAUAGACCAUUCAAGGCCCCGUUGAACAAUCUAGUGAUUUGAUGAUGAUCAUGUGUGUCCCCCCAUGGAUGUUUCGUACCAUAGCUUCACAUCGCUGGAAAAUGAUACAAUGCUGACCAGUGCGACCUGACGUUCUCUGGAUCAGGUAGUUAUGGUCAAGGUCCCAAAGGAAGUUAUCCAUCUCCUUGGCAUUUCGUACGCUAGAGAACGCCUUUGGCUUGGGAACCCUGGCCCUCUUUGUGCUGCUGGUAGGGGACGCCUGCAUGCACUCCAGAAAGGGAACGCUUCAGGAGCAGGACAUGCUCAGCAAGGAGAGUCCCUUGCUGUGACACCCAUCUCUAGUGACAUCCCAUUUUUCGGGUUACAACUUACUCUCUGUACACAUAAGAUCAGUCUCUUCAAUGACAAUCCGAAGAAUGAUUUUCUACCAUUAACUUGCACAUCAAUUCUUAGAGGAAUUAGACGAAUAUUUAUAAGCGGUUUCUUGUUUUAUGUUCAGUUGUGAUGCCAUAACUAGUAAAUUAUUCAAAUCGUCAUCUUGUUUCUGUGCUAGGGAGAGUUUCGAGUUCCUCUUUGGGGAAUGUUUUCUUAUUCUCUUCGAUAUAUAUAUAUAUAUAUAUUCUUAAUCAGAAAGCGCCAUUUCUCCUUUUUUUUUUUUUAAUUUUUCCUGUGUGUGGGCUGUGUAUGCAGAUAUCACUUGUAAAAUCUUCAUUCUUUCGUCAAAGAAUGGAAAUCGGUGAGAAAAUGAGUUGGGCUACUUUUUCUCUCGGAUUGCUUCAAAACUCCGAUGGUUCUCGGAUAGCAAUGGCAUCUCUGCUGGAGCUGGAUGCCAAGUUUUGCCGUGUGCAGGUUGCCCUCUUUGCAUCAAGACUCCAUGCGACUGUUUCCUGCACAAGUCGAACCUGGACGGAUGUAUAUUUGAUGUACCAGUCGGUCAGUCAGUCUAA